AUGUCACUGAUUCACUUAUUCCUUCUGCUCGCUGUAGCGCUGCAUGCUCAGGAUGGCUGCCACCCGUGUCCUCCUGCAGGGAAGCAGGUCAUCCAGUGCUUCAGAUGUAUGGAGCAAUGCAAAGGAGAGGUGCUGCGAGUCCAGAACAAUCACUUCCACAUAAAGUGUUUCACCUGUAAGGUGUGUGGAUGCGACUUGGCUCAGAGUGGCUUCUUCGUGAAGAAUGGUGACUACCUCUGCCCGCUGGACUUCCAGAGGCUUCACGGCACACUCUGCAACAACUGCGGGGAAUUUGUGGAGGGAGAGGUGGUCACGGUCUUGGGGAAGACCUAUCAUCCAGCCUGCUUUGUGUGCACCAUUUGCAAGCACCCCUUUCCUGCUGGAGACUGCGUCACCUUCAGUGGAAAAGACUGCCUCUGUCAGCGCUGCAUGCAACCAGCAUCUCCCACUCCCAAUGAUAUCAACUAUUCUAGUAACUGUACUGGCUGUGGUAGAGACAUCAAGAAUGGCCAGGCUCUGUUAGCCUUGGGUGGUCAGUGGCACCUCGGCUGCUUCAAGUGCAAAGCCUGCAGGAAAGUGCUGAGCGGAGAAUACAUCAGCAAAGAUGGUGUCCCCUACUGUGAGAGAGACUACCAGAUAAAGUUUGGUGUACAGUGUGAGGCAUGUCAGAAGUUUAUAACAGGAAAAGUCCUCGAGGCUGGGGACAAACAUUAUCACCCGAGUUGUGCGAGAUGCAGCCGAUGUGACAAAAUGUUUGCAGAAGGAGAAGAAAUGUAUCUGCAAGGAUCCACAGUCUGGCACCCAGACUGCAGAGACAACAACAGAACUGAGGACAGUAACAGGGUCAGCAGACCAAAAACACCUUGUCUCGAUUACUUUUUCCCCCCACAUGAACUGAAGCCCACCAGAUCCUCAUCUGAAAGCUCCUGUUCCAGGCCCGGCUCGUGCACUCCAGGGAGUCCUGGUCGAACCAUCUGUGCAAAAGUAGAUAAUGAGAUCAUUGAUUACCGAGACUUAGCAGCAAUUCCCAGAGUCAAGGCUAUAUAUGAUAUAGAGCAUCCUGAUAUGAUAUCCUAUAAGUCUGUGAGCGACAACUCCUCUGCUUUGGACAACAAAGGCAACAGACAAGACAGACAAAACCCUGCAGAGUCAACAGGAAAUGUAUCUGAAACCACAGAGGAGAGUUUUGAAAUAAGGAAAUCCUUACCAAAAUCUACAAGCCAUGGAUCUUUCGGAGUUCAUGCAGUGUACAACCGUCACAGCUACACUCCAACUAUGUCCAGAGCACCACAGCACUUCCACAGGCCAGGGUUGAUGCUUUCUCCCUCUUUAUUCUCUGGCAACAAUGACACCUGCUCCACUUCCCCUUUAUGCCACCUCUUUCUCCCUCACACCAAAGACGAAGGCUUCCACAUGUACAAGAGGCCUCCAAUUUAUAAACAGCAAGAUCCAAAAUCCCAAACGUCCUCUUUGCCUGGAUACGGUCGCAAUGGCCUCCAUCCACCACAAUCAGCUGAUUUCUCCCACUACAACGAAGCCAGAUACAGAGAUUUUAAGCUCACCCAUGAUGGUCAACAUGCAUUAACAAGAAUGGAAAGAGGAAUGUCUAUGCCUAAUUUGUUGGAACCAAAAGUCUACCCAUAUGAAAUGCUCAUAGUUACUAGUACAGGACGAGUGAAGCUUCCGAAAGAUGUUGACAGAACAAGACUUGAGCGCCACCUUUCCCCAGAUUCAUUCUUUGAGAUCUUUGGCAUGGAGAUUCAAGAAUUUGACAGACUUCCACUCUGGAAACGUAAUGACAUGAAGAAGAAAGCAAAUCUCUUCUAGAUGCUGCCUGGUGCGUGUUUUGAGUCAUUGUUAAUAUGCAGUACAUGUCAAGUUCUGAUGAACCUUUUUGUUUAUUUCUUUGCAUUUGGCACAAAAGUUAGAAAUCUUUGGCCCAAGAACAGCACAAAUUACUACUUUACAGGGCCACAACACUGUGUUUUCCUCUGUAGGGUAUUGUAAUGAAUAAUGCUUAAAGUUGUAAUGCCUCGAAGCAUAUAUGAACAUGAGAACUCAACUCAACUAAACUCUUGGCUUCAGUAAUAGAUAGCCAUUAUUUGUCUUUCCUAUGUCAGCCCUGUCUCUCCAGGAAUUACGUUCAUAUUGGACGAUUCAGCUGAAUAUAAUUUAUGCCCAUUCAUCAAAAAGGGAGCAGGUUGUGUUUAAGUAGCUUGGCAAAAGUAUGGAGAAAAGUAAAAAAAGUAAGGUUUUACAUAAUUUUUCAAGCAGAUAGUUGAAGCCAAAGCUGUUAGCAUGUCCUCACUGUACUGAUGAUGGCGCCAGAUCACUGAAAUGCUCACUCAGUGAAUCGCUUUGGAAUAGUUUUGCAAAACCUUGGAUUAAGUUCAAUGGCAAAGUUUUUGAGGACAACUAAUGUUUUAGCUAUUGGUAAAACAUCUGCAAAUGGCAACUAGAAGAUGAUGGGCAAGGUAUGGUUCAGGUAAGGCCCCAAAACAUUUACAGCACAAACAUAGUAUAACUGAAACAUUUUCAUUGGUGUGCUUUUCUGCUUGCCUUCUAAAAAAUAGAGAAUUACUGACUUUAUAACACAGAGCUUGGGAAUGUUUAGGUAUUUCUGGUGUUUAAAGUCAGUCACUUACAUAUCUGAAAUGUUUUUAAGUUGGUUGAAUAUAGUUUUCCCAAUCUUAAAGCCUUUGUCGAUCACUAGUGCUACCCCUUUAUCAAUAAUGCUUCCCAUGAUUCCCAUGACCUCUCCAUACAGGCUGACACAAGAUUCCCUCAGGAACUGGAUGCAUUUCACCCAUGUUUCUCACUGCUAUUGAUUUGUGAUAUUAUAUUUUUGUUACUCUGUUGAUACUUAUUUUGUUGUCUCUUGGUUACACAAACAUGUUUAAGCACAAAACUGAAUAGAGAAAAUAUGUGGGAACUGUUUUUCUGUGUCAAUAGACUGUUAAAUUAAUAACUGAGAUGAUUUAACACAUUUAUUUUUGUUUAAUGUUUCACCCCGACCUGACUGUGGCAAACCGUAUGUGUUACCUUGACAUCGCUGUUGUUAAGCGUCCA